UCUCCCGCGGCUCCGCGCCGUCCUACUGCGCCCCGGAGCGCACACUGCGCGCGCCGGUGAGUCGCCAGCGGGUUUGGGGCUCUUCGGACGGGCCCGGCCAGAUCUGGAGGAGAACCGCCGCUCGGGUUCAGCAGGUGGCGAGGUCGGAAGCCGAGGCGCGCCCGAGGAAGCCCCUCCCCGGCUGCAGCAGGCUGUAGAGUCAGUGGCAGCAGGCUGGAAGGCAGUUUAGAGGCUGGCGAAUGGGGAACUGGCCAGAAGUCCUUUUCUGUGCAAAUUGUCAAUGUUUCUGGAGGAGAUAGAGGCACAUCAACCACUGGAGAAGUUGUUUCCUCAUCAAGCCAUUUUUAGGAGAUGAUGAAGAACAUGGAAUUGGCUGGUGAGAAGCUGAGGAAGGAGCUGGAAGAGGAGUUGAAAUUGGACCCCGAGCAACUUCGCAGCCACGCCUGGUACCACGGCUGUCUGCCACGGCAGGAGGCAGAGUCUCUGCUGCAGGACGAUGGAGAGUUCCUCAUUCGUGACUCACGGUCCAGCUCCGGCGACUACGUCCUGUCGUGCCGCUGGGGCGGCCAGGCCCUGCACUUCAAGAUCAUCCGCGUGGUGCUGCGCCCCCGGAAGGGCUAUUCCCGCACCCUCUUCCAGUUUGAGCAGGAGCAGUUUGACAACGUGCCCGCCCUGGUGCGCUUCUACGUGGGUAACCAGAAGGCCAUCUCGGACGCUUCGGGAGCCGUGGUGUCCCGGCCUGUCAACAGGAGCGUGCCCCUCCGCUGGCUGAAGGAGCGGUACAGUGACACCGGCCAACCCCCGGGGCCAGGCAAGGAGGACAGGAUGCCCCUUCGGCGCUUCAGCUUCCGUGCCGCAGCAAAUGCGGAGGAGACGGGAGACGGGAGCUUGCUUCGGACAAAAGAUCGAAGUGGAAGUGACCCCAGUAGUCUAGACCAGUUGGACCGGAAGCCGUCCUUGCAUGGCGCCCAGUCGGACAGCAAUUUGCUGACAGGUAGCCCAGAAACAUCACCUGGAGCCCAGGACCGGAACCAGCUCCCUCCCCUGUCUCCUGCCUUCCGCACAGGCAGCGACCCUGUCCUGCGGCCCAAUGCCCUGAAGCCUCGCCCACUGGGAGGUCCGCCACUGAGCGGCUCUGAGGGGAGGCUGCACUCCAAGGCUCCACCCAAACCUUUGAGGGCCCCGUCCAUGCUGGGGAGCGACUACUGCGAACUGGUUCCCAAGGCUCCCGAAGGCCCCGGGAGCCACGUGGAACGUCUACGGAAGGAAGAACGGUGGCGGGGCCAGGCCUACAUCACAGAGACGUCCUUUGGGUUCCUGGACACGGACGGGGCACCUUCUACCCUCCCCCACGCGGCGGAGGCUGCCGAGGAGCCAGGAUUCGAAUGGCCCCUGGUAGAGACCACCUCCUCCUUCCAGCCUCGCCACUUCAAGUCGCUGCUCUUGGCCCCUGACAACAAACCCCUGGAGCCCAGCGCCCUAAAGCGCCUCAAGGACCUGUUUGCCCGGCACGACUGCCAGGAAACUGCCCUUCAUAUUCUCCAGGUGGACUGCCAGGUUGCCAGAAUCAUUGGAGUAUCCAAGGAGCAGCAGCGAGCAAUGGGGGUCAGCUCAGGUCUGGAACUUAUAACCCUACCUCAAGGGCAUCAGUUGCGGAAAGACCUGCUGGAAAGGCACCACCUCAUCGCUCUGGGCAUCGCUGUGGACAUCCUAGGCUGCACAGGGGACGCAGCGGAGCGGGCGGCCACUCUGCACAAGAUCAUUCAGCUGGCGGUAGAGCUGUGGAAGUCAGCGGGGGACCUCUUUGCCCUGUCUGCUGUGAUGAAAGCCUUGCAGCUGCCACAGAUCACACGACUGGAACAAACAUGGAAGCACCUGCGCCAGAACCACACGCAGAGCGCCAUCACUUUUGAGAAGAUGCUGAAGCCUCUCAUGGGGUGCCUGAACCGGGCUGAAGGGAAUUCAGUCCCCUCCCUGAAGGAGGUUGCAGUUCCCCACAUCCUGCCCCUCCUCUGCCUUAUGGAAGGAGAAGAAGCCUGGGGUAGCAAUGAGGAGACCUGCGACGCUCUUCUACGGACAUUGGAAGCAGCUCGGUUCAUGGCCACCAACGCCAGCGCCUACCGAAUCAGUGCUGAAGCGAAGCUCCAAGGGUUCCAAGGAACUCCAGAACUCCUGGAAGCAUUCCAGACUGAGUUUUCCCUCCGCUUAUUCUGGGGCAGCAGAGGAGCCGAUGUGGACCGGGUGGAGAGGCACAAGAAAUUUGAACAGAUCCUGACUGCCCUUUCCCAGAAAUUGGAAUGAACGGGACUUAUUGAGUUUUGCACUCCUGACACACCAGCUGGGAUGCACGCAGGGAAUGGCAAAGGGUAAUUUGUCGAGAAGCCAAAGGAAGAAGCACCUGCUGCAGCUGCUACGAGAAACCUCCGGGACUGGAAGGCGCAGACGGCAGCGUUUGCAAGGAGCCGAGACUUUUUGGCGAGAUAGACGUUCCUUCUAGGAAAGAAAUGGUCAUCUUUCUAUGCUGCCCGAGGCCAUUGGUGCCUUUCCUGGCCUUUGUGAAUACAGGCAGCCUCUGCUGGGGACUGAACAGGUAGAAAGCAGUCAAAGGCCUUUGUUACUAUGUGGUGGUGGAAGCAUUCUGUUCCCAUCCUACUCUAGUUUGAAUGGUGAUUAAGAAUGCUACAGAUGGGGAAAUCUGGGAUUACAGGCAUGGUUUUAGAACCCAGGAAUUUACACUUUACACACACACCCUUCUGUUUCAGCACAUGCUUAUAGGUAUCCCUGUUGGUGUUUGGACCGAGGCUGCUGAAACUUAACUGCAGAUGUAUUUAAGCUCUCCGAUCUCACUUUGCCUGAUUAGUGGCAUUUGCCCAAUACUGAUGCUGGAAGGUGUCUCCCCACUCCAAAAUUAAAGGAGAUACUCGAGGCACGGUUCUUUCUAGAAUUAGAUGUAUCUUAAGCAGUUGAGCACCCCCCAAACCCUCAAGUUAUGAAACUCCCUCAUGUCACCGCAGCUCUGCUGUAGAAAUUGGGAAGCGGUGGUUUUCCAGCAACCCCCAUAACCUGGGGGGCUGCCGUAAGGGCCCCAGGUCUCCUAACACCCUUGCU